GAGCCUGGACCAUGAACAGAGAGGCUCAAUCAUUACAGCUUAUAGUCACUGAAAUGAAUACUAAUAAGUUACUCCCGAGCGUUACAAUCUUCCACGAGGUAUACAUAUAUAUACAAGGAUAUGCGAAUUGAAGACCUGACAGGAAAACAGUUCCAAGGAAAAUGUUGAAGCUGAUUUCAUUUCUCUUCAUGUUUGCUACCUCUCUUCUAAAUUUAACCUCUGCAGAGAGGUCUACACACAUUGUCCAUAUGGACAAGUCAUUUAUGCCCAAGGCAUUUGCUAGCCACCAGCAUUGGUACUCAAGUACCCUCAAUUCCUUGAAAUCUACAAGCCCAAAUUCAGAUCCACAGAAACCCCUUGAGCUUCUUUACACCUACGACAAUGUUUUUCACGGUUUCAGUGCAGUGCUAUCCAGAGCUGAACUUGAAGCUGUUAAUAAAUUGCCAGGCUUUGUUUCAGCUUGUAGCGACAGAGUUGCCACGCUCGACACGACACGUUCUACUGAGUUCCUUGGUCUCAAUCCUGUGACAGGACUAUGGCCAGCUGCUAACUAUGGCAAAGAUGUCAUAGUUGGUGUUCUUGACACCGGCGUUUGGCCAGAAAGCCUAAGUUACAAAGAUGAUGGAAUGACAGAUAUUCCGUCAAGGUGGAAAGGAUCGUGUGACGGAGGGUAUGAUUUCAAUUCCUCAUUGUGCAACAAAAAACUCAUCGGAGCCAGAUAUUUCAACAAGGGGCUCUUGGCGGCCAACCCAGAUGACAGGGACAAUAAGUAUUCUGCAAGGGACACUGACGGCCAUGGUACACAUACCUCAUCUAUUGUUGCUGGGAAUUAUGUUGAAGAUGUUUCGUUCUUUGGCUAUGCAAGGGGAAGAGCAAGAGGCGUGGCGCCGCGUGCUAGGUUGGCAAUAUACAAGGUCAGUUUUCGGGAAGGGCGCUAUGCCUCCGAUGUACUUGCUGGUUUGGACCAAGCUGUUGCUGAUGGUGUUGAUGUCAUAUCCAUUUCCUUUGGAUUCAACUCCAUUCCUUUUUAUGAAGACCCAAUUGCAAUAGCCUCCUUUGCUGCAAUGGAAAAGGGUGUAUUUGUCUCGACCUCAGCAGGGAAUUCUGGGGAUACUCCCCGAAGAUUACACAAUGGAAUUCCGUGGGUCCUGACGGUGGCCGCAGGUUCGAUGGAUCGUAGUUUUGGUGGAAGUAUAACUCUAGGGAAUGGAUUAAACUUGAGGGGAUGGUCCUUGUUUCCCGCAAAGGCCGUCGUGAAAGACUCUACUCUUGUCUACAACGAGACAAUAGCUGGUUGCAAUUCCACUGAGUUGCUAUCUGAAUUUCAUGGUGGAACCAUCAUUUGCGAUAACAGCUCCUCUUUCAGUAGUCAAAUUCUUUUCAUCUCUGAAUCAAAUGCAGAUGCUGCAAUCUUCAUCUCGAGUGAUUUUACUUACGAUGAAAAUUCUUUCCAAUAUCCUGGAGCUAUCAUUAGGCCUGAUGAGGCUGCGAAAGUGAUUGACUAUGCUACGAAGGAUGCAAAUCCCACAGUCACUAUCAAGUUCCAACAGACAUUCGUGGGGACAAAGCCAGCACCAAUGGUUGCAGAAUACACCCGACUUGGUCCUUCACCAACCUAUCCAGGAAUCCUGAAACCAGAUCUAAUGGCACCAGGGACAUUAGUUUUAGCAGCCUGGAUACCAGAUGACAGAGUAUCCAACAUUGGCUCCAACAUUGGCUUGUCCAACUCAGAUGACUUCAAUCUUAUUUCCGGUACUUCCAUGGCUUGUCCUCACGGUGCUGGUAUUGCAGCGCUUCUUAAAGGCGCACACCCAGAUUGGAGUCCAGCAGCUAUUCGCUCUUCAAUGGUAACCACAGCAAACCCCUUGGACAAUACUGGAAAUCCAAUCCGAGAGAUUAAUGGCUUCAAUAACCCAAUUGCUUCACCUCUAUCCAUGGGAGCAGGACAAGUCAAUCCGAACAGUGCACUGGAUCCUGGCCUUAUAUACGACGCUACAGCACAAGACUACAUGGAAUUGCUCUGCUCAAUUAAUUACACUCGGAAGCAAAUUCGCACCAUAACAAGAUCCAGUUACAAUUGUUCUAAGGCAUCAUCUGAUCUAAACUAUCCUUCCUUUGUUUCCUUGUAUACUUCCGGGACUAAUGCAUCAACUCAAAACUUUAAAAGGAUUGUCACAAAUGUUGGAGAUGGGGCAGCAACAUAUAAGGCAAAAGUGACACCACCAGAGGGUUCAGUGGUCACCGUCUUCCCGGAGACAUUGGUAUUCAGAAAAAAGUAUGAAAAGCGAAUCUAUUCCCUCACCAUACAUACUAAGAUUGACGAAAAUAACCAAGUUACAUAUGGUGCAGUUAUUUGGGUUGAGGAUAAUGGUAAGCAUAGCGUGAGGAGUCCAAUUGUUGUGACACCAAAAAUUUCAUCUGAUGAUUCGUAGUAAAUAAGCAUUAUCUGCUGCGGUCUAUCCUCUGCAGGGUAGAUAGGCAAUGUCAAACAAAGACGCCAACAGAUGGAAGUGAUCAGAAAUUAUUUGUGAAAUUAGAAGUACUUGUUUCUUUUUUUUCUUUCCUUUUUUUUGUGUUGGAGUUGGAGGUACCAGAAUAAUGGAGGUACCAGAAUGCCUUCCUUUUUUUAGCUGGAAUUUUCAAGCAGCCACAAUGUCCGUGCCUUUUCA